GCAGAGAGGCGGCUUGUUUUACAGGAAGUGCGCGAAACAGUGUUAAGAUAUCUUAUAACCGGUCGUUUUAUCAUUAGUAAAAUUGUCUUAUUAUUCAAAGAACAUUAGCAUUGAUAUUGGUAGCCUUUAUGUUAGAUGAGUACAAAUAACCUCGAAGGGGAUUUCUUAGCCACGCGUGUGGCAGGUGCGCGGGAUCUAGUUUUGGCGUUAGUAAUGAAAUUUACCAUUGUAUGCAUUCAAACAGGGCUUAUAUUAAUUUUCAAUUUUCUCGAGCGUUGUGGCUAGGAGGGUGAGUUCUCUGCAGCUGUUCGGCUAAAAACAAUUAGCGCCGAGGCCCUAAUCAGCUCGGGCAGCUAAUAAGUUCAAAUAGAGCGAGUUGGAAGGAUCAUUUCUGCACUGAGCUCAAUCUUCACACACGCAUCUAAGGAUCAAACGGACCCUGAUCGAACCAUGGAACAGUCUCUUGGCUUGGGAAAGCCACAUAGCCAGUAUGUAGUCAGUGAUGUACUGGGAAUAGAGACCUUGGCAACCUCAUCUUCUAAGUUUCCUUCACUGGUGUACAGAAGCUAUCAGUCUGCGUCGGCUGAUCUGCCACCGCCUCCAGAGGGACAAGGACACAUAGAUGGUGAGAGCUCUGCCACAGUCAGGAGAAAACAACGUCGAAACCGCACCACAUUUACAAAACAACAGCUACAGGAACUGGAGAAAGUUUUCGAGAAAAAGCAUUAUCCCGAUAUCGCUCUGAGGGAGGAACUCGCCGCCAAGAUCAACAUCAGCGAGGCGCGAAUCCAGGUUUGGUUCCAAAACAGGCGAGCUAAAUGGCGAAAGAGACAAAAUCCAACGCAGAGUUUGACAAAGAAAGUUCGCUAUCAAAGCGAUAAACUUGGACCGCACCUGCCUAUAGCUCCCCGACCAGGCAUUCCAUGUGGACCGCCUAACUACUUCCUCGGUUUGUCGGGCGCAGUUCCUGUGAGUGCUCACCAUCACACAUAUCCAGGGAUUCUAACCUCUCUCAACGCUACAAACUCCAGUUACAUGUCCUCAUCGCAGAUACCGAUGCACAAUGGCGCACUUUGGCCUUGUCAAAGUGCUGCGUUCUCAAGCCAUACCGAACAACCCAAGAUGGCGCUUGAAGCUCUAAGGAUGAAAGCUAAGUCGCACGCUUCCUCGAUGUCUGCGUUUGAAUUUGUUCCGUCGUACCAUUAGAUGAUUAUUUAAGCCGCUCUGGCGAGCGAGAGAGUUACGAGAGAGCGAAAACCGUCCUCAGAGCUUAACUCGACGGAAGCUAUUGUUAAUAACAAAUAUUUGAAAUUAUCAAAAGAUGAAGCAAGGCCACUGAAGAAAAUAUGAAAAACACUUAGAAUGUUUUAGCUGGUUGUUCCUGUAAGGCCAUUGUAUAGAUGUGUAUGCUUUUUUAUCUUAAAGACGAACUUUAAAAUUAGAGAGACAACCAAGAAGACAUUGGUGAAUUUGCAGCCGUUUGUAGUCCAUUAGGUAUUUAUAUUAUAUAAAAAAAAGUAAUAUUGUAGAGCAUUGUACCGCGAUGUAAGUAGUCUGUUUGAAAUUAAGGCGUGCGCUGUAUAAAAUAAGAAUGCGCUUUUUUUAAGUUGUACUUUAACGCCUUUUUGCGCUAUUAGCAAGUUUUCUUCAGAAAGACCGUAAUGGCUAGAUGAUUAAUGAAGUUGCGAAUACUUUAAAGGCUUUUUGGCUUUGCUUUGGCUGCGUGGCCCGAGGUGCUAACUUAUCAAAAGCAAGCACAUUUUCAACUUGUAAUUUCAGUAACUGUAUUACAUUGACAUUCAAACAGUAUUAACACGGUAGCGCGACACAUAUGAAAAAUACGUCGAUUACACAUUUAUAUCGUAAUGAGAUGAGCGCAACGCUCAGAAACAAUGCAGUAAAGAUGAACACAGUUAACAAAAAAUUUUAAGUUCCUUAGUAAAAACAUUAAAGACUUCCAUAAAUUGGUUUA